GCCCCGCGUCCGGCAACGCAGCGUCUCGACUUGCUCGGCGACAUGUUGGAAGGCCUGUGUCUUCUGAGCCAAUCCCAGAGCUCUCGCAACCGGCCUGCGGUGGCGCGCAGCACCGUGGUGGACGUGCUAUGGUCGCUGGUUCUGCCCUGGGAUGGCGAGUACGAUGAUGGACAUGGGGGAGUUGUGAGGCUGGAGACCUUGGAUGUUGAGAAAGGGGCCGUGCUCAUCAAGAGGUGGCAGAAAGUGACUGAGAACGAGGAAGGCUCUGCCUCCAGCAUGGCAUCGGAGAAAGAGACGGAAGCCCUGGGAGUUGUGUUCCAAGGCACCGUCUUGGAGGUGGUGCUGAAUCAGCAGGAAGGCCGAAAACUCGGAUCCUUCACGGGGAAGCAGAUCCUGUUUGCAGACGGGCAGGGUACGAUCUGGACCCGCCGGAAAUGUCAUAGUGCAACUUCGAGUUUCAAGGGUCGGGAGUGUGAUGGACCAGCGCCCGCUGCAGCGAGGGAAGUCUUGAGACUGGUUCUAACUCAGCUGCUGCUUUCCUUGCGCUGGGAGCCCACGCAUCUUGGCCUUGGGCCCUCCACCGCAUCUUCUGGAGCACUGGUCGCCAUCGAUGCAUCCCAGCGGCCUUUGCUGAGUUUCCUUCUCCGCUAUGCCACUGGGACACAAGACCUGACACUUCUCUCAGAGAUCUACUGGUCACUCUGGUGCCUCUCAGAGGAUGCGUUGGAUUCUGAGCGGAUCACCUAUGACAAAGCACGCUGGGUGCUGAUCAAGUCCCUAGCUGGGUCCAUUGAGUUCUGGGACGGAGCCCGCGGUACGCGCCUGGACCAUUUGUGUCCUGACAUGGAUCGCAUCGUGUCCUUUCGAAAGGCCGCGCUGCGCCUCCUCACACAGCAGGCGUCGCUGUGGCAGCAAACUCUCAGCCUCGCAGACCUUGGCGGCCAAACGGCCGGCGACACUGCGGAGAAGAGCCGGGCCGUGCGGAAUCGUCUGUUGGAGCUAAAGAAGGCCACAGAGGAGGGACGACACCAAGAGAUCCUCUCGGAAGAUGCCUACAUGGAAGAAGUCUUUCAGGUUGAUCCUGAAUUGCGCAGUGCCACAGCUGCAGCCAGCUUGGUUUCGGGCGCUGCAACGACCUUCCUCUCUGCCCCCGUCGAUCCCUCCGUGCCAUUUCUGGGCGUCGACAUUAGCAGCUGCGAGAUCUUGGCUUCAAACGCUGCGCCACUGCUCUUGGUGUGCUGGAAGGAUACCCAUGAUGUCGCGCAAGAUCUGGAAGCGACCGGCGGCGGAUUCAGGCGGCAGACCAGUGAAAAUGAGGUGACCAAGUACAUGGUCAAGGUCGGUGAUGACCUGCGCCAGGAUCAGCUGGUGCUGCAGAUGCUUCACUUGAUGGAUCUCGUGUGGCAGGAGCGGCUGCCUCCUGCCGAGACCCGGAUGCUCCGAUUUGUCCCUUACAGGGUGCUGGCAAUGACGCCAAGUGCCGGCUACAUCAAGUUUGUUCCAGGCGCUGUCUCGCUUUCGAAAGCGCUGGCGCAGUCGAACGGC